GGUCAGUACUUAACGCAAUGACCGUCGAGUCACCGGAUUCCGACAAAAACACCCUCCAACCUCCAACUCCCAACCAAAACUCUCUCAAGCUCCACUGGCUGGCCAGCAAGCAAGGGCUGCUCCAGCAUCGAGAAGGCGAGAAUGGUUGCCAAUGGACCUACAGACAAUCUAAAGCUGCGAAUGCACUCGUUGUUCCCAUACCUCCUGACUCCUGAUUCUCUGUAGGGCCGACUUUAAUCUUGAAGACCAAGAGCAAGAGUGGCACAAGGACCAGCACAGCUCUGUGCAUUCAUUGAAGUAAAAUUUUGUCGACAUCAAAACAUCGCAGUUUCAAUCCCCAGACUCUGUAAUAAAGCACCAUGAGGCUGAAGCAACGUCGAGAACCCAGCAUGAUGGCCAAGCUGUUGGACACACCCUUUGGGAACGACAAAGGUACCAAUCGCAGACGCAGUGCGUCCUUGUUGAUCUUUGUGGUUUCCCUGGUGGGUUCAUUUCAAUUUCGUGGUUUCGCCCAGGUGAGGACCAGUCUAGGAGAACACUUGGACGGGGAGAUCACUAGACGGAAGCAGCAACAAGAAGUCAGAAGUCUUGUCUCCACUUCAUCCGUAUCAACAAAAACGCCACCGCCAAUCCUGGUAUUCACACCACCACCACAAUAUCCCGUUGUGGACAUCCUCUCGAUUGGUUCCAAACGUCGACCCGACUAUUUGUUGGCCCAACGAGAAAGUUUUGCCUCGCAUGCAUCUGUUCGCCAUUUCUUCAAUGCCACGGAAGCAGAUGAUCUGGAUGAUCCACACUGUGACAGUCACUUGACCACGGCCGAUACCGUACAAAUUAGUCGAUUUUGCAAGGCCAAAGGUUGGCACCCCCAAACACAACUCUUUAUGCGAUAUGCUCGCAACCUAUAUGCCAAUGGAAACUGGUUGUUGAAAAAGGCCAAUCCAGUCGGUUGGAUGUGUGCCCAACGACGACCCAUGCACGGAUUGUACAAGGUAUUUCAACAUUACUUUCAACAACAGAAACUGCUAUCAAAUGAUGUAACAAUCAACUCUCCUGCACUGAGUGAUUCAGUCUUGCCCGACUACUUGAUUGUCAUGGACGAUGACACAUACUUCAAUCUGGAACAGUUCCCCAUUAAAAUGGCCCUGGAUGUCCAGGCUACCAAACGUCCACUGGACGAUCCCUAUGUCCUGGCAGGGUGCCUGGUUCGAUGGCCCAUCCACCAGAUCAACUUUACCUUUGGAUUUGGUGGAUAUGGCACUGUCUUUAACAAGGCAUCCCUGCAAAAACUAGCCAAACCCAUUCAUUGUACAAAAGACGACAGCAAAGAGGCCUGUGCACAGGUAAAACGCAACAUGGUGGGGGAGAAAAAGGUGUUUCGAGAAGGCAUGAGUGUCCUGGAUCUGAUUCGUGCCUAUGUCAGCCAUCAGCCGUACAAGGAAUUUCCCAAGAAGAACUGGACAGAUGGAUUCUGUAUGCACAGCGAUUGGGUCCUGGGGUACUUUGUCAACUAUUACAAUAUUUCACGCCAUACAUCCAGCGAUCCGUUCUUUGAACAUGUGCCCCAAAGCCGCAUGGAAGCAUGGGAAAAAAGCACCAUUUACCGUCAACCCGAAGGAUUCUGCAGGAACGAACACAGGGAAAACUGCAAGCCAGAUUCCCUCACCUGCCAUUACAUGAAACCAGAGGACAUGAGAAUCUACACCGAAACUGUGAAACAAACUGCAGCACCAGGCAUGUUUCGAAGUAUUAGCUAGUCAUGGGACGAAGCUGUGGUGGGCUGCAAUUCACUGAUGUGCCAAUGCGAUGAGGGCUCGGACGGUUGACAACAGUGUCAUUCUAGACUCAGCGACGAAACAGAAGCAUCGAAAUCUCCAGAAAGAGCUAGUGGUAGCGCUUGCCCGACCAGAUUCAUGCUCAGAAUGCUUCAAUCGAUGCAUACAGCAGCAAGACUAACGGAACCUUCUGCUGUCAUGAAUUUAAUGUAUCGCAAACAUAUCGCCAAGGUCUCUUGCUAACCAGAGCCACGACAGUACCUGGCUGCUAGCAAAACAAUUGGCUCACUUGCAGCUAGAUAGUUUUGCCUGGGUUGUGCUGUUGCUAACCAAAAAGACAACGUGUUAUUCAUUCAAAUUCUCCCGUACAUUUAAUUAAUAAUACCGCAAACUACAUCGGCGUUCCGUAUCUUCUGUG